AAAGCAAUUACGCUUGAAUAACCACGAAAUUGCUCUGCCACAUUGUAGCAAACAUAUAACAGCGGAGUCAAUAUAAAUAAGAGAUAGAUUUCCCUUGUCGUCCUUGAAAUUAAAUGCAUUAAGGAAAGCAAAGGAAUUGGAAGGAAGAAAUGGGUCGAGAGAAGGUGGUGAAGCUAUUCGGCGUGAGCAUUCUUGCAGGAGGACGCGAGGUCGACGGUAUGACAGAGGAGGCCACGAAGAAGUGCUCCGGCAACGGCAAUUUGUCCUCCUGUGCGGCGGAGAUUCCCUCUCCGGCCGCCGGAUCCGAUAGCGGCUUUCACCAGCCCGGAGGGAGGAGGAGAAGACAGAGAGCCGGCAUUCCAUGGAGUGAGGAAGAGCACAAGGCCUUCUUAGCAGGGCUGGAGAAGCUCGGAAAGGGCGACUGGAAGGGCAUCUCGAGGGAGUUCGUGACCACCAGAACCCCAGCGCAGGUGGCCAGCCACGCUCAGAAGUACUUCCUGAGGCAGAAGAAGCCCAGCAAACUGAAACGCAGGUCCAGUGUUUUUGACCUCGCCGCCGCCGGCGAGUCCUCAACUUCAUGAGCUGAAAACCACCAGUGAUUUGGAGCUGAAGAUUCCAGUCUCUCCCCAGGCGGCGGCUGCAGCGGCGGCGGCAACAGCAGCUGGUGCAAUAAGAGAAGACUGCGACAUGUGUGGCCGAUGGCCAUUUGGAUCCUUGUGCGAGAUAUUAUCAAAGAUCAAAUCAAGUCAAUCAUGAGUUGAAUAAUCACAAAGAUACAUACAAUUGUUUUUUUUUUUUGAAAAAAAAAAUAUUUAGCUUUCCUUCAAAUCGUGCAUUCAAAAUUACUGUUAUGGGAGUGCUAAAGUCCAACAU